AUGGCUCUCAACCUAAAACCCCAACUGGGUCUUCUCCUCUUCUCUAUGCUGAUCCUCGCAGUUUCUUCGGAGGAUAACAUAACGGUCUACGAAAUCCUUCCUAAAUUUGGCCUCCCUAGUGGCCUCUUGCCGGACUCCGUCAAGUCAUACUCUCUCUCCUCAGACGGAAGCUUUGUUGUCGAGCUUGAAAAGCCAUGUUACGUACAGUUCGAGUACUUGGUCUACUACGAAAAGGAAAUUACGGGUGUGCUCGACAUCGGGUCGAUCAGUGAUUUGAAGGGUAUUCAAGUCCAAAGAUUCUUCUUAUGGUUCGAUGUUGAUCAGAUCAAAGUCGAUUUGCCUCCCUCGGAUAAUAUAUAUUUUCAGGUUGGGUUCAUUAACAAGAAACUUGAUGUGGAUCAGUUCGAGACUGUUCAUUCUUGCCGCGAUAACGCCUUGGGCUUGUGUGGUGAAUCUUGGAAACGUGGUCUGCAGAUUCCAGAAGUGGCAGUGUAUCAUCGACGGUUACAG